UCUUUUUUUUUUUUUUUUUUUUUUUGCCUGCCUGUUCCUUUACACGGACCUUGAUAUACCUACCACGCUCUCGGCACCCAUCGCCUUCGAACCGAUAGGCUUGUCCGCCUCGAUCCUUCUUAUCCUAAUCCAUUGAUACCCCAUCUACAGAUAUUUACCACACCCACCGAAAGGGCAAACACCUGUGCUCAAUCCUUUAUUCUAUCUGCCGCUCAAGACAGUGGAACGUGAACAGAAACCAUGCUCAGGUAGCAGACCGCGGUGGUACAUCUGAGGCUGGCUCCCAUCGUCGCACCGCAGCGCGGGCUGUUUGUUCGUCUGUCCUUUGCCGGCGCACAGGCAUACAAGACGUACAUCAAGAGAAGGAAUCAGUUUUUUGCAAUCAAGGAAAGGGGGAGAUUUCGACCUUGGCUCGCCCGCAGCGAGAAGGAAAACAACGGGAAAGGAGAAGGAGGAGGAGGCCCCAGCACAGCAGCAUGUCCGCCCAGCCGACGACGGCAACGGGAGGCUUCUCCCUGUUCCCUAGCCCAAACGCAUCAGCGGGCCCGUCUUCGAGGCACGCGACGCCGCGGCCGCGGACGGCGACACCCCUCGGCUCCUCGCGCGAGAGGCAGCAGCAGCGGCAGCCCUCGUCGCCGGCCGCCGCCUCGCCGCCUCGCCGGAAGCGGUCGGUCAAGGAGGGAAAGCAGCGGGAGCAGACACACGCCAGCACCAACAGCGGCAGCAGUAGCGGCAGCGGCAGCGGCAGCGGCAGCGGUCCGGUCAUGGCGCGCGGCACCCCGCUGCCGCCGCUGCGGACCGUCUGGAGCGAGGACGUGCAGUUCGACAUCAUCCAGCGGCCGGUGCCCGUCGCCGUCGUCGAGACGGUGCCGCCGCCGAGGUGCGAGACGGCCUUCUCCGAGGCGCAGACGCUGGUGCGGAGCAACAGCAACGGCUCUCGCCGCUCUGCCGCGGGGGCAAAGGUCGUCGGGCCGAGCCACUACCAGCAGGACGGCAGCAGUAGCAGUAACCGGCCUCAGCAGCAGCAGCAGCAGCAGCUGAGGUCCAUCUUCCCAGUCUACAACCACGCCCUACCGCCGGACCGCCAGGAAUACUACCCGACGGCCCAGGCCAGCCCCGCGCAGAUCCCGCGGAGUGUCAUCAACAGGCCGCUCUACUCCCCGCCUAUGGGGGCCACGAGCCCACCGGCGCAGCAGCAGCAGAGGCCGCCCUCGCCGCAGUCUUACCAGUUCUACGCGCAAUCCGCACCAUACACCGCAGACCAGCAGAUGCAAUAUCAGCAGCAACAACAACAGCAACAAUAUCAACAGCCACAACAACAACAACAGCAACAAUACCAACAACAAACACACCAACAACAGUACCAGAACCAAACCGCCCCCAGCGCCAUGGGCGCAUCUCCCCCGCCGGGCCCCUCGGUGGCGCGAUGGCCACCCCCGCGCGGCGGGCAGGCGCCCGCUGCGGCGCCGCCGCCCAUCAGCAGCACCGAGGAGCUGCGGGGCCUGUGGAAGGUGGUGAGCGGGUGGCGGGCUACCGGGGCCGAGGGCCGCGUGUACUGCCUCAAGAUGACGGCGGAGCGCGACACGCCCAUCUACACGCUCUCGUCGGCGGAGCAGCCCUUCUACAACCUCCGCGUCGACCCGACCUCGGUCUCGGCCUACGUCACCCUCUCCCGCCACGACCCGGCCAAGCCCUACCGCGCGCCCACCGUCUCCAUCGACGCCACCUUCGCCCCCUCACCCACCGACCUCGCCAGCCCGCCGGGCCUUCUCCCAGUCUCGGGCGGCGGCAGCAGCACCAGCCCCACCGCCAGCCAGCAGCCGGCCAGCGUGGUGGGCACGGGCCGCAAGGACGGCAAGCACUGGCACGAGGCGCUGUCGACGACGCUCGAGGAGCAGGCCCGCCGGCACGCGCCGCACGACGGGCUCGUGGCGCUGCUGUACCCGACCGCCGCGGCGCGCGUGGCGCUCGAGCGGCCCGACGACGUCGCCACCAUCGCGACCGCCGAGCGCGAGUGCGCGCGCCUCGUGUGGGACGACGACACGGGGAACCACUACCUCGUGCACCCGGCGCUGGCCAUGCCCUUUUGCGUCACCGUCGACCGCAACGCCGCCUGGGGCGGCCGCACCGAGUACACGCUCGAGCACCUCGAGAGCCCCCGCCACAUCGCCCGCCUCACCCGCGACGGGUCCGGGAACGGCUGGCUCGAGCUCGACACGGCCAUCGCGGGGAAAGUCGAGAGCGCGUACCUCGUCGAGGUGGCCGUCGCGGCCCUCAUGCUUGUCGCGCACGGCGACGCCCAGUUCGUCCGCAACGAGGUCCUGCACCCGCCGCCCGCCAUGAUGAUCUUUAGCCCGCCGCCGGGGAGCGAGUCUGGUGGUGGCGGUGGCGGGGGCAAGAACAAAAAGAGCAAGAAGAAGGGAUUCUUUGGCGGCGGCGGCGACGGAAGGGACAGCCGAGCCAGCGGCGGCAGCAAAAAAUCGGCCAAAAAGUCCGGCAGCAGGGGCUCUCCGCGCUCGCGCAUGGACGAGUUCGAGCUCGACAUCGAGAGCCAGACCAGCGACCUCAAGCGGCUCGACGUCGGCGAAAAGGACAAGAAGCUGCCCGGAAUCGUGCGCGGCAUCCUCGGCCUGCUCCGCAUCACCUUCAAGUGCUUCAUCUGGGUCCUCACCGCCUGCUUCAAGUCCCUAGCCGGCUGCAUCUCCAUCUCGGCCAGGUGUCUGACGUCCAAGAAGCUGUAAGGAGAGGGGAAUGAAGGAAAUGCGUAAUGGGGCAUCUCACAAAAUUCUAACGACGACGACGUGCAUCAUGGGGGUUACCGGGGUUAUCGAAUUGUCACUGGGUGACGAAUAGCAGGACUGGGUUUUCCAUGUAUUUCUUGAUCUUUCCUGGGUUCUCCUUUUUUUUUCUGGUAUCUUGUUACUCAUCAUCUUUUCAUGUCCUUUUUCUUCUUCCUGUUCUCAUAUUUUCCUUACAUGCCCGAGGGAACGCCAUCCCUUGGUUCAUUUUCGGCUUUUUGGCAUCCAUGGUAUCGAACACAGCGGGGGUCGUAAUUAUACAGGCGUAUCUUGGUUCAUUCCCUUGUCGGUGCCACACCAUUCGCAGAGUUUAUUCACCAAAACAACUUGCUACCUCUUGCGCUCCCGUA